UUCAUAAAUAUCAUCCAACUCUAAAAACUACACUCCAGAGCACACACGCAUACACACAAAGCCUGCCCAAUCAAAUCGCCCUCCAAGACCUCAAUUUGGAGGAGAGGAAAAAAAUGCAUGCAUAUCUGCUCAUCCCCAUCGCCAUUAUUCUCACCCUCCUAAGCUCAAUCGGCCUCGCCGCCGCAGCUUCGGUGAGGUCCGACAGAGUCCUGCAAAAGCAAUUCCUCGGCCCUCACAAUGCCGCCAGAUACGCUCUCCGAUUGGCCCCCUUGGUUUGGGACAACAAACUGGCUCGCUACGCACAGUGGUAUGCGAACAAGCGGCGAGGGGAUUGUGCCCUCCGUCACUCUGGCGGACCUUACGGUGAAAACAUCUUCUGGGGCAGCGGCAAUACAUGGAAUCCGGCACAGGCUGUGUCGGAUUGGGUGUCGGAACGGAAGUGGUACAGUUAUUGGGCCAAUUCUUGCGUGGAGGGUGAACUGUGUGGGCAUUAUACUCAAAUUGUGUGGCGGACGACACGCCGGAUUGGGUGCGCUAGAGUCACCUGCUACGAUGGUAAAGGCGUCUUCAUCACUUGCAACUAUGACCCUCCUGGUAAUUACAUCGGGGAGAGACCUUAUUAAACGCCAUUAAUUAUCUUCAUUAUGGGUAAAAGUUCUGUUGUUCAUGUCCUAGUCAAAUUCACAUGUAAUUGAUAUGUGCUGUAUCCCCAAUAAAUAUAUAU